AUGAUCCGCACAUAUCUGUCGGAAGAGGAUCAACGAACUUGGGAUCAACAUGUAUCCCCCGCAGCUUAUGCGUUGCGAAGUGCGGUUCACAAAGCGAUAGGAUUGGAACCAUAUAAGGCCAUAUUUGGGCAAACAAUGUUUCAACACGAGAGCAUUUAUGAGCUGCUCCGUAAACUCGAUGCGCUCAAGGAAGGCGAUUUGGAAGUGGUUUCCAGAAAUGAACGCAUGGAAUUAAUUAGAGAAAAAUUGAUUUGUGGCCUCGAGGGAGCGUGCAAGAAUGGACAGCGGUCGUACAAUACGAGGGCGCGGGCCGUGAGUUUCCUCGUGGGACAGCUCGUCUACCGCAAAAACUUCAAGUUGAGCAACGCGGCGGAGGGGUUUAACGCGAAGCUAGCGCCCAAGUAUUUAAGAUCGGUGGUGCGGGGAGUGAAAGGGAAUUCUCUUUACGAACUCGAAGACUCGUCAGGUCGACCCGUGGGUGUUUAUCACACCAAGGAUUUACGCGUUUGA